GGGGAGCCGCUCCCCACCCCUCGCGGACUUCGGAAUUGGCUGGCGGCCUGACGGGCGCCGCGGCCGUAGCGCGUUUCCGCAGUUUGUUGAGCUCCGAGGAUGCGCGCCCUGCCAGCCCUGGACGCGCCCCCGAGCGAGCUCCUCCUGUCCCGGGACUCCGGGGCCCCCCGGGCCCGGGACGCGGCGGGGCCGACGCGCAGGAGCGCGGUGGAAAGGCUGGCAGCCGACCGCUCCAAGUACGUGCGGGGCCCGCCGGGAGCCGGCCCAGGCCCGGCUGGCGAGGGCAGCAGCCCCGGGGCGAGCGAAGGGCAGGCGGGCGACUCUCGGCCCCAGGCGCGCGUCCCCGGUCCGGUGGCGCGCAGGGCCAUAGCGCGGAAGCCGCUGAGGCCGGACUCGCUGGUUAUCUACCGACAGAAAUGCGAGUUCGUCCGAGGGUCGGGAGCCGACAGCCCCAGGGGAGGCCUGGUGAAGAAGCUCUUACCGGGGCCGGGCAAGGACAAGACGCCGGGGUCCCCCGGCACGUCCCGGAUGGGAGAGGAGGGCGGGGCCGGGGCCCAGGAGGCCGCCCCGACCGAGCCCGGCCCAGUCGCGGCUCCCGCGGUGCCAGGGCCCUCCGCGCCCCCGGUCCCCGCCCCGCCGGUCAGGGCGCCCUCCAGAGUUCCGGCUGCGCCCCGGGGUCCGGAGCUGCUCGGGGCGAGGCACAGGGGACUGCAGCGCUCGCAGUCCGACCUCAGCUCGCGCUACUCCGCGUCCUUGGCCGAAUGUGACACCUUCUUCCAGUACUGCGGCCUGGAGCCCGAGGUGGUGGAGGCGCUCGGGCGGGAGAACUUCUCCGCCGGGUCGGACCUCGUCGCCCUCAAGGUCCGCAGCGUGAGCGUCGCCACCUCCGACAGUGGCUUCUCCCGGCACAGCAGUGGCGACGAGGGGCUGCAGGAGGGAGAGCUGACGGAGCAGGUGCCCAGCACCACCUCGGUGGUCGAGAGGAACGCCCGCAUCAUCAAGUGGCUGUACACCUGUAAGAAGGCCAAGGAGACCCCCGGCCAGGGGCUGCAGGGCCCGGCGUGACCGCUGCGCCCCGGGAGACCCGGACCGAGGAAGCAAGCCUUCCCGACAGUGGGGACUCCUUGAAGUACGUCUGGAUGAUUGGGACCCCAGGGCCAUCCUCACGGCCAGGUUUUGUCCAGUGUACCCAGGUGUCCAUAUGAUUGCUGUUUUCCCAGGAAUAAAGCACACCGUUGAAGAAGCCUAAGCAAUUUCAGAAGGUUUGAAGUGCUAUGGAGAAGAUGGGAACACAGAACUUGGAAAUGAGCUGAGUUAUAACUGUUAUGACACAGCUGUAGCUCUGGAAGAUAUUUUCUUGUGUUAGGUGGACCUAUCCUUGCUUCCAGAGAGCAGCAGAAGAGGGAAAAGCUGCUUGGAAAUAUUUUCAAGGGCAUCUUUUUGAGUGGCUUGCUGAUAAAAAGGCACAGUGAUACAUUUUAAUGAUAUCUAAAUUAAUUUUAAAAAGAAAAAAAGGCAAAGAGCAUGAAAAGCAAACACGAAUGCCACGGUAUUUACUUCUUCAAUCAUAUUGGAUGGAUUGGCACCAUUUAAAUCAAAGUUCUGUGAUCAUAAGAAGUUAUAUUCUACACAAAUACUAUGGCUGACAAAGAGCAAACACAUGCCCCGUGUGCAUACUCACGCGUGGACCUCAAUUUCUAAGCACCACUGCACUGUAAACUACAGUGAAUUCCCAAACUGCAACUGAUCAUCUUAUGAAAUGAAUCAGAAAGCACUUUUAAAACCACUUGAGAGCUGCAAGGCCAUUCUGUGAACACCACUCCUGUUGGGUUGUAGCCAUGCACAGGUACCAUUAAAAGAUAAAGAGCUGAAAUACUGCUAGGAAACCUUUUAUUGUACCUGGACAGUUCCUUGAGAGCUGGCAGAAGAAUAUUGGAGCUUCCUUCCUUCAGAUCAACAGCAGUGGUCCUCUUCUGCAGCACCAUUUAGAAUGGGCCUCCAUGGUUCUCUUGUUCCCAGCUUCCAAAAGGAUAAAAAGCCUCGGUUUAGACAGAACAUGGACUCACGACAUGUGACGUGCCCUGCUCUCUGGUCUAAUUCACACACCCACCUAUCAGGCAGUCAUUCCAAACUUGGCAACACUUCACCCUUCUCUGAAAAGGGUGUGUUUGAGACAAGGGUUAGCCUCUGGGUGUCGGUAAGCAGUUACUGUGACCCUAAAUCUGAACCAGCUCAUGGCACUCAGAGUAGAUAUCAGAUUCAGAAACUUUUGAGAGGAAUUUUCUAUCGAUGAUGACAACCCAAAGAAAAUUUGUCACCUGGUCAAAGCUUACAAUGUUUUGUCAAAAUAUGUCCCUUCAAGAAUAAAAUUAUUAGAAGAAUUGGGAGGAGAGAGAAAUAGGUUUCUCCAUGGUAAAAUAUUUUAUAAACCAAUUUUGAUAUAUUCAUGUAUUUGUUUAAUAUUGUAUUCUAUUUUUGUAACUGUUUUACUGUGAGAAUAGGUCCUUGAGUUACUUAAAUAUUUAUUUUUACAUAGUUAUUGGUCUUCAAAUAGUUUUCCUACACUUCAUAUGGUUUUUGUUUUUAUCAGGAUAAUUUUAAAUCAUUCUCUCCUUGGUUAUCUUUUUGUAUGUUGUUUAAUUGAAUUUCAAAAUUUGACCGUAAGCAGAGGGUUCACUACUCUAUAAAGUGCUCCGUACUCUAGGGAUUUGUUCUUAAGUAAAACACAGAUGCGCGUUUGGGGAGGCUCUGUUGGCUGAUGGAUGUACCUCUGUCAAUGUAGUCUCUAGAAAGACAAAGAUUCCCUGCUCUAAGAAAUGUUUCCCUUUUGUUUUUUUUAAAAUGCUGCUGUUUUGCUGUUCACUGGAUUACACUUAGAAGAUAAUGUCAAAGAUGAAAGGAGUUUUCUUUUUUUCUUUUUUUUUUUUUUUUGCGGUACGCGGGCCCCUCACUGCCGUGGCCUCUCCCGUUGCGGAGCACAGGCUCCGGAUGCGCAGGCUCAGCGGCCGUGGCUCACGGGCCCAGCCGCUCCGCGGCACGUGGGAACCUCCCAGAACGGGGCACGAACCCGUGUCCCCUGCAUCGGCAGGCGGACUCUCAACCACUGCGCCACCAGGGAAGCCUGAGAGGAGUUUUCUUUAAAGGACCUUUUCAUAUAUGCAGUUCCCUUGUUUACACAUUCCAUUAAUUUUAUAUGUGAAUGCUUUAAGUAAAAUUCUUAUGUGCCUUUCUAUUGUCAGAAUAGGAUGAACCGAAACCUAGCUCAGAUUUAUCUGAGAUCAAAAUGGUGCGGACUCUACCAUCCAUGUAAUAGAUGAAAAAGAGAAAAACAAAUUGGUUACCAUUUAAAAGCACCAAGAUUUUUGAGAAGCAUUUGCACUUCAGUGGAGGCGACUCCUGGAAGGAGCUGUCAGGAACAGGGUAUCCCCAGACCCCAGCAGGAUGGGUUAAGGCUCCCUCUUGUCCGUUCAGAUUCAUGCCUAAGCUCCGGGCCUGAGUGUGUGGUUGGAGGCCAGAGGUCCUUUCCUAACUGAAUUACCCCAAUUUGCUGAGUGACUUUGAGAAAAUCAAACUUUGUAGCUCAAUCUGAAUGAAAAAGCUUGUAAUUGCUUUUCACUAUUGCUACAAAAUAGCUUCUUUUGUUCACAAAAGAAUAGCUUCUCAGGUAAUAUGAUUAAGCACAAUGGAGAGAAAAAAAUAUUGAUACAGCAUGGAAAAUAUCUUGAGAGUAUCUGUUUCAUUAAUACAUGGGUACAGGUCAGCAGUGCCUCAGAGUGGAAGGUAUUUAUGUAACUGGAAAGUUUCCUCACUAUAUACUGAUGCAUGUAGUUUCUAAACCGCUGGUCACUGACACUGGAUACAAAGAAGGCUUUAUCAAACGUUGCCCUUUUCAGUGGGUUAAAGGUGCAGUGCUGUAGUUGGUGAUUCCAUAAAAUAUCAGGCCCAGACAAUUGUUAUGGCUGUUUCUGAAUAGAGUUCAUUUUUUCUGCACACUACUUGCGACAUGAGUGCAAUAUUGUAUAUUCUGUAUCAAAGAAAUAAAGUAUUUUUUAUCAUUUUUAGUAUUACUUUAUGAAUUUGUACAAUGUGAAAAAACUGAAGCAAGAGUGUGCUUAUUAUAAUUACUCAAAUCUUUGGCUUUCUCCCUUUUUUCUUAAUAUCAUCUCAGCAGAUUAUCAGUAGAAAUGAGGGGCGCAUUCUAAAACUUGACCCAGGAGAGCUGCGUGGUGUCUGAAGUCUCCAGUUCUCCCUGGAGAUGGAAUGCAAUAAAAA